AUGGCGAUGAACCUGGACUUGUCGAAUGCUGUGGUGACGAAGGAUGAGCAGGGCAGGCCAUUCAUUGUUGUCCGGGACCAGGGCAAGAAGAAGAGGCAGUUUGGCAACGAGGCCGUCAAGUCGCACAUCCUCGCCGCACGAACAGUCGCAAACAUUGUCAAGAGCUCCCUUGGACCCCGUGGCCUCGACAAGAUCCUGAUCUCCCCCGAUGGAGACAUCACAGUCACAAACGACGGUGCUACCAUCCUGCAACAGAUGGAGAUCACGAACCACGUCGCCAAGCUUCUCGUCGAGCUUUCCAAAUCACAAGAUGACGAGAUAGGAGACGGUACCACUGGUGUUGUCGUCCUGGCUGGUGCUCUGCUUGAGCAGGCUGCCGAGCUGAUCGACAAGGGAAUCCACCCCAUCCGUAUCGCCGAUGGCUACGACCAGGCCUGUGACAUAGCAGUUUCGGAGCUGGACAAGAUCGCCGACACCAUUGAUUUCAGCAAGGACCAGACUGAGAACCUCUUCAAGGUGGCAAGGACGAGUUUGGGCAGCAAGAUCGUUUCCAAGGCACACGACCAGUUCGCAAACAUUGCCGUCGACGCCAUCAUGUCCGUUGCCGACCUCGAGCGGAAAGACGUCGACUUCGAGCUGAUCAAGGUGGACGGAAAGGUGGGCGGAUCGCUAGAAGACACGCUGUUGGUCAAGGGAGUCAUCGUCGACAAGGACUUCUCGCACCCGCAGAUGCCCUCUGAGGUCCGGGAUGCCAAGAUCGCCAUCCUGACGUGUGCAUUCGAGCCCCCAAAGCCCAAGACUAAGCACAAGUUGGAUAUCACAACGGUGGAGGAGUUCAAAAAGCUACAAAACUACGAGCGGGAGAAGUUUAUCGAGAUGAUCCAGCAGAUCAAGGACACAGGCGCAAACCUGGCGAUUUGCCAGUGGGGUUUCGACGACGAGGCCAACCACUUGCUCCUGCAGAACGAACUUCCAGCUGUGCGAUGGGUUGGCGGUCCCGAGAUCGAGCUAAUUGCCAUUGCGACAAAUGGCAGGAUAGUGCCCAGAUUUGAGGACCUGAAGGCCGAGAAGCUGGGUAAGGCCGGCAUCGUGCGGGAGAUGUCUUUUGGUACCACGAGGGAGAAGAUGCUCGUCAUCGAGGAGUGUGCAAACACGAGAGCCGUCACAGUUUUCGUGCGUGGCAGCAACAAGAUGAUCAUCGACGAGGCCAAGCGCUCCCUCCACGACGCCCUGUGCGUAGUCCGCAACCUUGUCCGCGACAACCGCGUCGUCUACGGCGGUGGCGCGGCAGAGAUCGCCUGCUCGCUGGCCGUCGAGGACGCGGCCGUCAAGACGCCCGGCCUCGAGCAGUACGCGAUGCGCGCCUUCUCCGAGGCCCUCGACUCGGUGCCCAUGGCGCUGGCCGAGAACAGCGGCCUGAACCCCAUCGCCACCCUGGCCGAGAUCAAGUCGCAGCAGGUCAAGGCCGGCGGCGACCGCGGCAGGCUCGGCGUCGACUGCAUGCAGAAGGGCAGCAACAACAUGAAGGACGCCUUCGUCAUCGACCCGCUCAUCAGCAAGAAGCAGCAGCUCAUGCUCGCAACCCAGCUGUGCAGGAUGGUGCUCAAGGUCAACAACGUCAUUGUCAGCGGAAGCGGGGAGGACGACUUCUAG